AUGGACGCAAGAAACCAGGAAUACCACAAGAACACACUUCACCUCCCACGUAUUCUCUGUCUACACGGUGGUGGAAGCAACGCACGCAUUUUCAAGACGCAAUGCCGCGUGAUUUCGCAAAGGCUCGAGCCAUACUUCCGAUUUGCCUAUGCCGAAGCGCCGUUUGAUUCGGGGCCCGGGCCGGACGUCCUCUCGGUUUACGCUGAGUAUGGUCCGUUUGUACGAUGGUUCCCGGACCCGGAGCACAAUAUCGAUGGUAGAGCCGCAAUUAAAGCCAUCAACAAUUCGGUCAAGACUGCCAUGGACGAGGACGAUCGAUCAGGUGCAACAGGUCCAUGGGUGGGAUUGCUGGGUUUCAGUCAAGGCGCAAAGCUGGCUGCGAGCUUGAUGUUCCGACAACAAGUUCGAGCCGAGAAACUAGGACGGGCGCAAGCUGGGUCGGACUGGAAGUUCGCCGUGGUGAUGGCCGGACGAGCGCCGAUAGUAAACCUUGAUCCGGAUGUUUUCAGGUCUUCGAUGUUGAGCAACACGUCACAGAUUGAUUUGUCAGGGCUCCCGGACGUAGACGACCUCAUGGGAGAGGAACACGUCCUCAAAUUACCCACCAUACAUGUCCAUGGGUUGGCAGAUCCAGGUCUUUACUUUCACCGGGAGCUUCUCGACGACUACUGUAGCAUCGACAGCGUUCGGGUUCUGGAGUGGGAUGGCGCACAUCGGGUGCCGGUAAAAAGUGCCGAUGUCAAUCCUCUCAUUGAUCAGAUUCUGAGGCUGGCAAAAGAGAUUGGGGCGCUAUGA